AAAAAUUGCUCCACCUACCUUCUUGUUAAAUCAUGCCUGCGGCAACAUUUGAUCCCAAGAACUUCCCCGAAACGGAAGAAGAUAUCGACUUUACUGAUAUCGAGCAGGCUUACCCUCUCCCCAAAGAUGAGGGUUUCGACUCCCUCGUUGUUGUUGAUAAUGUUCCCGUCGUUGAUCAGUCCAAGGAAGAGAAAUUGGUUACAGUGUUGAAGAAGUUGAUCACAAAGGCAGCAGGUCCCAUCAAGGAAAACGGCUUGUUCAUGCCUACUGAAAACAAAGACGGAAAGCGAGUCAGCAAAGGAUACUGCUUUGUCGAUUUCGAAAAUGCCGAAUCCGCCCACGCUGCUAUAAAGAAUCUUGAUGGCCAUCGUAUGGAUAAAUCCCACGUCCUUGCUGUCAACCGAUUGACCGACAUUGAAAAGUACACUGCUAUGAACGACCAAUAUGUUGAACCUGAGCAAGAAGAGUUUGUUCAAAAGGAACAUCUUCGCAGCUGGUUGACCGACUCCCAAGCCCGUGAUCAGUGGGUUAUGUACCGUGCCGACGAUGUUAGCAUUUUCUGGAACAGAAAGACCGAAACUCCUGAACAUGAAUAUUCCAGAACUAACUGGACUGAAACUUAUGUCCAAUGGUCACCUCUUGGUACCUAUCUCACCACCUUCCACAGACAAGGUAUCGCACUUUGGGGAGGACCCUCUUGGAACAAGAUCGUUCGCUUCGUCCAUCCCGGUGUUAAAUUGAUCGACUUCUCUCCCAACGAACGUUAUCUUGUCACCUGGUCAAACGAGCCUAUCAAUGUUUCUCGCAUUCCUGAAGGUUCUGUCAACCCUUUCACUGAAGAAGAUGAAGGUAACCAAAUCGUUAUCUGGGAUACCUUGACCGGUGCAUUGCUUCGAUCUUUCCCUGUUGUUCAAACCGGAGACGCACCAAAGGCCAUCAGCUGGCCUAUGUUCAAGUGGGCACCCACUGAAAAAUACUUUGCUCGUCUUGUUGCUGGUCAGCAAAUCUCUAUUUAUGAAGCUCCUUCUAUGGGAUUGGUUGGCAAGAAGAGUGUGAAGAUUGAUGGUGUUGCUGACUUUGAGUGGUCACCUGCCAAUCCUAACAGUGGAGACGAUAAGAUUUUCCAAAAGGAAGAAGUCUUGGCUUACUGGACUCCUGAAGUCGGUAACCAACCUGCCAGAGUCACCAUUAUGGGUGUUCCCAGCAAAGAAAUUAUUAGAACCAAGAACUUGUUCAACGUUAAUGAUUGCAAACUUCAAUGGCAAUCACAAGGUCAUUACCUCGCUGUCAAGGUUGACCGCCACACAAAGACAAAGAAGUCAACAUUCACCAACCUUGAGAUCUUCCGUUUGUGUCAAAAGGAAAUCCCAGUUGAAACUUUGGAAAUCAAGGAGGCUGUCAUUGCUUUCGCUUGGGAGCCAAAGGGUGACCGGUUCGCCAUUAUAACUACAUCUGACCCUAACCUUGGCGUUAGCGCCGGUCCCAAUGGUCAAGCACCCGCGAUAUUGAAGACGAGUGUUGGUUUCUAUUAUCUCGAUAACAGCAAAGCUGUGGUCGCAUAUCGACCUCUUAAAAUUUUCGACAAAAAGACCUCUAAUCACCUCUUCUGGUCACCAAAGGGACGACAUCUUGUUGCUGCUACCCUCCGAAGCACAACUGUGUUCGAUUUGGAGUUUUAUGAUUUGGAUCUUGAACCAGCUGCGGAUAAGAAGGAUAUUGCCAAGGAAGAUGUUGGCGCUAACGUGCAUUUGAUCUCAACACAAGAGCACUAUGGUGUUACUGAUGUUGAAUGGGAUCCUACCGGUCGAUUCGUUAUCACAGGAUCCAGUAUGUGGCGACACACUGCUGACCACGGUUACUGCCUGUGGGACUUCAAGGGAUUGUUGCUUUUCCGACAAACCAUUGACAAAUUCAAGCAAUUGUUGUGGCGUCCUCGCCCAGAAUCCCUCCUGUCUAAAGAACAAAAGAAGAAGGUCCGCAAGAACUUGCGCCAAUACUCCAAGGUGUUUGAGGAAGAAGAUCUUGCUGUUGGUGAUGCUGCCACUGCUAAGCUUGUUGCUACCCGAAGAAAGCUUGUUGAACAAUGGUACACUUGGAGAAAGCAAACCGAGAAGAGAGUCGCCGAGGAGCGUGCUGAGGUUGGUAAGGAGAUCAAGACCGCAUCGGAUGAAGGCAAGCUUGAAGUUGUUGAAGAAUGGAUCGAGGAAGUCGUUGAAGAGACUGAGGAGAUUGUCGAAUAAAUUUGAUCCCCAAGACAAAACCCAACCUUACACAUCCCCACCUUUAAAAAGAAUCUCAUUUCCCCAUUAUCCCUUUUUUCUAUUUUUCUUCCUUCUUCAUCAUAUUUUUGUUCUUUCUGUUUUGUAAUAAACAUUCAUUUAGACCACUAGCACUUGGUUUUCCUUUAGUAUUAUUGCUUUUGAUCGUUGUGGAUGAAAACCACGGAAAAGAAAAAAGAGAAAAUAAAUAAAUCAAAUUCUCUAUCAGA